CACCGGAAUGGCCAGGGGAGAUAAUUCGGUCAAGCCGACGGAGGCAGCCGGUUUUGGUGACAGCGAGAAGUGCCUGCUGGAUUUGCUAAAGGUCCACUUUCGGAGCUACUGCGAGAAGUCCACCAUUCACUGCGUUCGCUAUCUGUACGAUUCACACCUGCAUAACUUGGAGAGAAUCAUCUGGUCCGUGCUGCUCAUCAUCAGCAUCGGGCUGUCCUUCUUUUUCUACCUCCUCCUCUCCGAGCGAUUCGUUUCCCAGAAGCUGCAGACGGUGGUCCAUGAUCCCCAGUACCCUGUGUUUCUGGUGCAAUUUCCGGCCGUGGGAAUCUGCACGGACAACCGCAUCAACUGGAACAAGCUAGAGGCGGCCAAGGAGCUGUUCCUGCCGACGAAUGCCAGCGUGGAACUGGUCGAAAGUUUCACUGUUCUCGUUACCCGGAUGGAAACUCUGCGCUUUGGCAGCUACCUUUCGAGUUUGGCCCAGCUGGAGGACGAUAACCUGGAGGCAGUGGGCUUUGUGAACCUAACUGAGCUGGCCAUGUUUAUGACUCUUCAAUGCGAGGAUAUCAUGGUACCGAAAUCCUGCCUGUGGCGCAGUUCCUCCUUCAAUUGCUGCGAAUACUUCGUGUUGGAGAAGACGGAGUUUGGAUUUUGUUUGGUUUUCAACUCGGAGGUUUCGCCACGCUCCAAGGCAAUUAAACAGAAGGAGGGUCAUAACUUCUAUCCGAAGCACAAUGCCAAAGCUGGCCAGAGCUCGGGCUUGAAUUUUGAUCUUAUCUUGAACGAGAGCUUCAGGCGACCCGAUUCGCAGGCGAAUAAUAAUGUCUACGUAAUGAUUAAGAAGCCCAACCAACUGAACAAUGUCGUGUACUCAAUGACCCAAGACACGGAGACCUACGUGACUAUCCGUCCGGAUCUCACUUGGACGGACAACACCACUCGCAGUAUUCCGCCGGAGCGCAGGAACUGCCUCUUCGCGGACGAGCAGGGCGAGCUGGACUCCAAUGAUUCGGCCAAGAAGUAUGGAAAGCACUUUCAGCUCUCCAACUGCCUCAACCGCUGCCACGAGUCCUACCUAAUCCAGCUCUGCAACUGCUCCCUGCCCAUUUUCUUCCUGUACAACCAUAGGGUUCCUGAUUGCAACGCAGUCAGCCUGCGCUGCCUGGCGCGUCACAAUGACAUUUUCAGCUACGACAAGCGAAGGGACGAGGAUGCCCUUUUCAGUGCCACCAAGCUGGGAAUGACCUGCUCCUGCUUGGUGGACUGCUACCUGCUCGACUAUUAUACGGCCACCACCACGCUGCCUUUGUCAGCCCAUAAACUACCCAAGGAUCCGCAGCAGAAACUCUUCAGGGUGGAUGUGCACUACCAAGUGGAGACCACACCUUUGUACCGCACAAGCCUGGAGUUUACCAUCAUCGAUCUAAUUGCCAAUCUGGGUGGAAUCUUUGGACUUUGCUUGGGGGCUUCUAUGGUCAGUGCCUUCGAGUUGAUCUACUAUCUUACUGUGGGACUUGCUAUGCAUCUAUAUGACCACCAGUACUAUGGGGUCCUGUUUAAGCACCUCAAGGUUAAGUGGGCCAAUUUCAAGGGCUACCUCAGGAACGAAGUUAGCCACCUGGCUGAGAAUCCUGCUGCUCACAAGGAUACCAAUGAACGUAAAUUGAGGCAUCCCUUUAACUACAGAAAAAAUGUGUGGUAAUGAUAUGCUGUAUUUAUUAAAUAUUUAAUU